UUCUGCAGCCAAAUGUGGAGUACCUUCGAUAACACCGAUGCUUGACCCCGACGAUCGCAUUUAUGGAGGCUACUCCGCUGUGCCCGGUAGCUGGCCCUGGCAGGCCGGCGUUUACACGCAUCGAUACCAGCACUUCUGCGGCGGAGCUCUUAUCAACGACAGGUACAUCCUCACUGCGGCGCACUGUGUCUGGUCAAAGACAUCCACAAGUGUGAGGGUUCACUUGGGCGCGUAUGCUCGGCGCACCGUAGACAAUACCGAGGUGAUAUACAAAGUGGAGGAGGUGUGUGCACACCCGAGUUUUAAACCAAGUCAGCGCAACUCGUCUGAUAUUGCUAUCAUCAAACUACGGGACCCCGUGACUUUCACAAAAACGAUAUCUCCAGUGUGUCUUCCCAGCCACAAGGAGGCGCUGCCAGUGGGAUCCAAGUACUACGUCACGGGAUGGGGUUCCACAUCAAGAGGAAAAUUCAUUGAAAAGUCGAGAGAACUGAAGCAAGCGAUAACUGAAGAGCUUCCUCAAAACGAAUCGACAUGUGCCAUACUGAGGCCGGAAUUGAUCUGCGGAAGUCACGACUACGGAUCAUCUUGCUUCGGUGACAGUGGUGGACCCCUAGUACACCAAAAGGAUGGGAUUUGGACACUCUUUGGCCUCGUGACUUCCGGGCCGUACACGUGCGGCGAUGCAUCGGACUAUCCACUGUUAUUCGCCAGGGUGUCUCACUACAUCGACGACUUCAUUGCGCCAUACAUGGAUCCAAAUACUCCGAGGAAAGAGAUUCGACGAAUCUGCACUAUCACGUGAUGCGCUUGAUGACGCUACAGCGC